AUAGACUAUCUUAAUGAACCACAAAUGUAUCGUAUUGAUAAAACUUGUUUUGUUUUUGAGAGAAAAAAUAGUUUCUUAUUCAUGACUGACACAACUUGAAGAAAAUGUAGUUUUAUUCAACUUGAAGCCAAUUAUUAUUGGCUGGUGACAUAGCUAUGGGGAAAGAGUUGACAACAUCGUUAAACAAGGACGAGAAACGUUUAGUUGAACACAAUGUUUGGAAAUUAGCCUUCUCAGAUCCAAAACGUCUAGGUUUAGUAUCAGAAUCAGAAGGCAUUGAAAUUGAAGAAAGUGAAAGUAGUUCUGAAUAUGAAGAUAUUAAUUCUUAUGAUCGAUCUAAAUUGCCAUUUGAUAUGGUCAAAGGGAGGCCGUUAUCCUGCGUGACGAGAGAAGAGUGGGGGGCAAGACCAGUCGAAAACAUCACUCUUAGAACAUCUUGGCCGAUCAUGACCAUGGUGUUGGACAUGAGUUGUAUGAGUGCCAAUAUAGACAGAUGCUACAACAAGGAGGACUGUAUACUGAGGGUGAGGGAUCUGCAGAGAUACUACAUGGAUGUCAUCGGACUGCCUGACAUACCUUACAAUUUCCUAGUAAGCCAUGAUGGGACUGUGUUUGAGGCAAGAGGGUGGUACGUCCAGCCUUCCCCCACCAUUAACAGCUACCCUCUCAAUAGAGAAGCUCGAAUGGACAUUGCCUACAUCGGGGAUUACAAAGAUACCACUUACCCUACCGAAACAACGGGGGCCGUCUUGGAAUUGAUGACUAAAGGAAUUGACAUGGGGUUGGUUGAUUCCUUUUAUGAUGCUAUGGACCACAGGGAUGGAGUCCCAGAUGAAUUUUGAACAAGAUGAACGAAGAACUAGGAGAGUAAUAAAGUUGUCAAUAUUAGUGAAAAUAUAAGAAAAAAUAUGGGUAAUUUAAAAGAAAGUAGAGCAUUUGUUAGUUAAAAAUAGCAUAAAAUAAUACAGGGUAAAAGAGUAAACUUACAUAAAGGU